AUGGGAAACGCGUGCAAGAAGAACACCGCCAAGACGCCCACCCGCAAGCAGGCGGAGGAGCUGGCAGAGAAGGAGCGCCAGGAACGCGAGGCGAAGGAGAAGGCUGAGGCCGAGGAGAAGGCCCGACGCGAGGCGGAGGAAAAGGCCGCAAGAGAGGCUGAAGCCGAGCGCCUGGCUGCGGAGGCGAAGGCGAGAGAGGAAGAAGCCAGGAGAGAAGCCGAAGAGGCGAAGCGGAGGGCUGAAGAGGAAGCUGCUCGCGCGGCUGAAGAGCAGCGACGCAAGGAAGAGGAAGAGAGGGCAGCGGAGGAGCGCAGAAAGGCUGAAGAAGAGAGCCUAGCCGCCAAGAAGGCUGCGGAGGAGGCCUCGAGAAAAGCCGAGGAAGAACGCCUCGCUGCGGAAGCCGCCGCCGAGCAGGAACGCCAGAUGCAGGAGGCCCUGAAGCAGCAGGAGAUGUCCCCCAGAGAAAAAUACGACAAACUCGCGAGCUCCGAAGACGCAGGAUCAGAGACGACGAUGGCAACGCAACCGCAGAAGGUCGCUGAACACGGCAGCAGCGCCGCCUCCGAGCGCAGCGGUGUCACACCGUGCGACAUGGGUGCCAUUGAUGAGACUGCCAAGUAUGUGUCGAGGCGAUGCGGAUGCGACUUAGGCGAGCAGCACGAUGAGAACGCGUGCCCAAUCUGUCGCAACAUCGACUUGUCGGAUGCGCCGCUGCUGAACUAA